CCUCUGAACAAAAUGCUCGACAUUGAGAAAAUCUCGAAGCUCAAGUCUGCACACAUCGGUGCUCUGUGGCUGGCUCGAUACGAAUCAGACGACAGUCGUAGUGGCGUGGGGCUCGUACGCGACCGCGUGUCAAAUCAUACAGUCUAUACCAGAGGAAAAGGCGCACCUAUG